AACCAAAACAACACCAACAAAACCCCCAAGGAGUCCCAUUUGUGUUCCUGAGCAUGGGGCUUGCCUGGAGUUUGCUUGGUACUGUGCUCAGUGUUAACCCAUUGAAGAAAACGAAACCGAGUCUCCUUCUGCCAGCAACUAUGGAUUGCUCUGAGCUUCUUGGCAGGAUUUUGUCUGGCUUGAGUUUGUGCAGUCCAGCAUAUGCUGUCACAGUCUCUUUGAGCUCCAUAAGUACAUCUGCCCUGUUGUAUCUGGAAAAUGUUACUUCCUUGAAGUCAUCCUCCACCGCUGGCUUUCACACCUUCCCACCCCAUCCUCUUCUACAUAGAUCCCUGAGCCUUGAGGAGACAGGUCUUCUGUGGGUUGAAAUGUCUAUGAUUUUAUCUGCCUCCGUCAUUCGUGUCAGAGAUGGACUGCCGCUGUCUGCAUCGACUGACUAUGAGCAGAGCACGGGAAUGCAGGAGUGCAGAAAGUACUUUAAAAUGCUCUCGAGGAAACUUGCUCAACUUCCUGAUAGAUGUACACUGAAAACUGGACCUUAUAACAUCAAUUUUAUUAGCUCUCUGGGAGUGAGCUACAUGAUGUUGUGCACUGAAAAUUACCCAAAUGUUCUGGCCUUCUCUUUCCUGGAUGAGCUUCAGAAGGAGUUUAUUACCACUUAUAACAUGAUGAAGACAAAUACUGCUGUCAGACCAUACUGUUUCAUUGAAUUUGAUAACUUCAUUCAGAGGACCAAGCAGCGAUAUAAUAAUCCCAGGUCUCUUUCAACAAAAAUAAAUCUGUCUGACAUGCAGAUGGAAAUCAAGCUGAGGCCCCCUUAUCAAAUCCCAAUGAGUGAACUGGGAUCAGCCAAUGGAGUCACAUCUGCAUUUUCUGUUGACUAUAAAGGUGCUGGUAAGAUUUCUUCUGCACAUCAACGACUGGAACCAGCAACUUUGUCAGGGAUUGUGGCGUUUAUCCUUAGUCUUUUAUGCGGAGCUCUGAAUUUAAUUCGAGGCUUCCAUGCCAUAGAAAGCCUCCUGCAGAGUGAUGGUGAGGACCUCAAUUACAUCAUUGCAUUUUUCCUUGGAACAGCAGCCUGCCUUUACCAGUGUUAUUUACUUGUGCACUACACCAGCUGGCGGAAUGUCAAAUCAUUUUUGACUUUUGGCUUAAUCUGUCUGUGCAACAUGUAUCUCUACGAACUGCGCAACCUCUGGCAGCUUUUCUUUCAUGUGACUGUGGGAGCGUUUGUUACACUGCAGAUCUGGCUGAGGCAAGCCCAAGGCAAGGCUCCUGACCACGAUGUCUGACAUCUCCCCUCAGCUGUAUUGCCUUUGCCUUCAGGGGACGAAGGAGAGGACAUAUAGUAACUGUCACUGUGAUGAAGAGACCAGUCACCACACACGGGGAGCUCUGCUUUCUUUCUCUCCCAUCUCCCGUUUUGUUUUCACAAAUCAGCCUGGCAUGCCUGUGAGCAUGCAAGAGCUGCUCAGCAAACUCUGAGAAGAACCCCGCAGUGGAAUGUCAGGCCUAUCACACGGUAGAAGUUGUUCAGCAUCACCUGAAGACCUGGCAGGUAACCAAAACUCGGGUGUGGAGCGUGCUCUGAGGACCAAGCAGGAACACUACAGCCUGAGUCUGCCUUUGUGAGGAGGCAUUAGUAUAGACCAGUGAAGAAGAUGCUGCAGGGGUCGGAAAGUUAUGAUCUCAAACAACGACUGUAUUAAAUGUCAGAUUGUUUGCACAGCUACAGUACCAAGAGUUUAUGAAGUCCAGAAUGGUAUGAAAUUGGUUCCUUUACUUUUCUGUUUCUGCCAGCUUCUAACUCUGGAAAUAACCUGGUGUGGGAGAAGGCUGUGAUGUACAUCUCUAGAAUAUCACAAAUCCUGAUGACACAGUGACUUGUGGUUUCUUUCUAGACCAUGUUUGUCAUUUAUUUUGAAAUCACUAAAAAUACAUGAUUCAUUUGACCAUUGUGGUCUCCCAAACUCUUUAUCAUUUGGGUACUGUGUUUACUGUUAUUUGCUUAAAAACCUUAAAGUACUUAACAAAGAAAGGAACCCCAACUCCAAGUGGAAAAUCAGUAUCACUUUGCCAACAUAAAAAGAAAUGUUAAGUUCUUACAAGAUACUGUAAAUCUAAGUGGCACAUUCAUGUGAUAGUGAGAGGUGUUACCUGGCACCACAACGAGAGCCGUCUGUGGGACAGUCUGAGGAUGACGGGGGUUGCAAAGGAAGCGGCACUGUCACCGUGCCGCAGCACUGUCUAGUUGUGUUGUGCGUCCAAACCCGCCGUGCCUGUUGCACAGGUAUGGUGCUGAGAGACUUCUCCUUACAACUCUGUUACUUCACGGUUUGGGGAGGUAACUAGUAUCCAGAAGAAAUAACACUCUUCUACCCUUAGAAAGAUGACUCAAGCCAUUUUGAAUUCAUAAAUGAAGCACAGCUUGACUACAAGUCACCUGCUUUGGAAGCCAUCAUGAGUGAUUUGCCUUUGUUUUUAAAGAAAAGAUUCCAAACAAGGAAUACAUAGGAUUCUGGUAUUUUAUACCAUCCCUCAAAACAAUGGACUUGAUGUGGAAUUCCUGUUGGGGCUGUAGGUAGUAGAAGGAGUCCAGGUCAGCUCACUGACCUGCGUUAUCAGCCUAACCCACUGUGUGGACACUUGUGGAACUGGAAGAUCUUCAUACCUGGAACCUUUUGUGCACCUCCUUCUUAGAAGAAUAAGGUAGAAGGAAGGCAGUAAGUGGUUUUAUGAUGUCCACAGUUUAUUUAAAAAGAGAAACUCUAAGUCCAUCUAGUCACUGCUGUAACAAAGCUGGAGAGUUAUCCUGUACCUUCUGAGAGAUACCCCAAGGCAUCACAUGAACCUAACUACAUGGACUAUGUUUGGCAUUUUAUACUCAUUGAGCCUUGUAAGUAAAGUGGUUCGACUUCGGAGCAGUUUCUAAGCUAGUGGGUAGAGCAAAAGAGAUUUCUUGUAAAUAGUUAACCAGGAAGCUCAGGUUUUCUGGUUAGUUGUGGUUUUACUACAUCUUGGUAUUUGACAGCUCUCUUACCAGUUUGGUUCAGGAGCUACACCAUCAUCACUGAGUUGAGUUACAGCAUUUAUAUUUGGAUCCAUUCAUCAGGCACACUUGAAAAUCCCCAGUUACUUCUAAAAGCUUAGCUUGUUUUUUUCUGUCUUUGUUUUCAUCAGCUGUUUGGGGUAAGAGGAUGUUUGCAUCAUAAUGUACAGAAUGAAAUUACUAUAAAUUAUCUUUUCUGUA